UGCCAAUGCUUGACAACCCUUCUGUGAAGAAACUCCUUCUGAUGUCCAACCUGAACCUCCCCUGGCACAGCUUGAGGCUGUGUCACUACCCUAUAUAAAAUAUUUUCUUUCAGCUGCAGCUGCACAACUUCAGACUGAGUGGCCUCAUUACCUUUGGGCUUCCUUCUGCUGGGGUUCAGCAUCAUCUGGUUAAAAAACUCUGCACUUAAUAUCUUUUUAUUGUUACACCUUAUAUUUUGCACCAUCUCUGGUAUUCAUUCUUGUUGAGAGGAGUUUAAAACUGCUGGUGUUUAGAUUAAUAUUCUCCCCUUCUACAGAAUGGAUUUUAAAAGAUGCAAAAUUGACAAUAAAUUCUUGUGGCUGAUGAGGUUGACUCACAUUCUGCAUUAAAUAAAAUCACACAGGAUAUGGGAUUUUCUCAGUCUUGCUUCAAUUUCUUAGCAGUCAUUUCAUUUACAAAAAGUGGUCUGUGUCUCAGCUAGUGUGAAACAAGGAACAAGGAAAACAAAUGUCAAACAGAAGUUAGUCUGGAAAAUAUUGUGUCAUGAUGGUGGGCACAGGCAAAGGUUGUAUAUUUUGGAGCCACCUUCCUUAUACUGAGUCAAUCUGGGGACUGACUUUUCAUGCUUAAAAAUAGAAUAUUUUGGUUUCCACAACUGUGCAACUGCAAGGGCUGCUUUCUCUUUUAUUUUCUGUUUUCCCCUCCCAUUUCUAGAGGUCACAGAAAUGCUGUGUUAAACCACAGUUUACAAUACAGAAUGCAGACACCUGUUGGGUCUUGGAGCUUUCUCUCCCCCAAGAGCUCUGUUGAGUUUGUCCUUUCCCUAGCUGGAAGUAUCUCACAGAGUACAUUGCAGCUUUCUGGCCAAGAUUUCAAAGGUAAUUCUCAGAUUGCCUUUGAGGUGCUUAUCUCAGGAGACCUUUAAAAGGCACACAGACAGGUUGGGACUCAGGGCACAAACAGCAGGAAAUUGCUUACUCUCCACUAGCAUGGCUCUGAGGUAGGGGGUAAUGACAUGGUAAUGAUCAUUUUACAACUAUUUCAGAAACAUGGUUUAAAAAUAUCGAGAUCUCCAAAUCCUGCUCCCGACUGACAGAACAGAGCCUGUAGAAUGUCAUGGUGACACUAUGCCAGGUGUGGUUAUUCCUAAUUGGUGAAAUGCAGUGAAAAGGCAUCCAGGGUUUUUUGUGAAAUUUGAGAUGGAGAGCCAGUCUCUGCACUCUAACUUCCUUAUCCUCAUAAGCAACGGUGCAGAUUUUAUAGCUGGCAUAAAUAUACAAAGAAUGUACACAAUAUGAGUGGUAUUUAGCAUAAAAAGUAACUUGAAUGCAAUCCAUGUGUGGUUGAGAGAGGAACAGAACCACAAACCCUUUGAUGUAACAAUGAGUCUUUGAAAGGAAUAGAUUGGGUACAGUACUGAACCUGUAAUCUGCUCUCUUUAUUGCACUACAUGGGGAGGGCCUUAUUUAUUUACUACAGAGGAAGUGUUUUCAAUUUUAUAAGUAUCUGAAAGAAAUCACAGCUCAUAAUUAUGUAGCUUUGCCCCACAGAGCUCCAUAACACUCAUGAGAACCUCUGGAAUUCAUAGGGACCGUCUGUUAAAUGGGAGACACCAAUCUUGCCUUCGUGCUCUAUCAAAUUCUGUCUUGGUCUGUACUAACAAAGGCAGUCUGGAUAUUGCUUAUCAGAAUGUUUGCUUUCCACGCUGCUCUUGGGUUCUGAGCCAAAGCCACUGGAAUCAAAGGCAAAGACUCCCAUGUACACUCCAUGACUUCAGUAGUGUUCACCAUCUUAAACCAUUUUGCACUUCUGGAAUACUCAGAGGAGUGGCCUGUGCUCAAUCAUGGUUACCAGAAUUAAAAGUGAAACAGUUUUGUUUUUUCAGUUCUACAAAACACAGUGUCUGCAGCAGCCUGGGUGGACAAGUUCAAGAGGUGGGUGUGAUGCUGAAGGCAAAUGUAUCCUCCCUAAAUCAGCUUGGAAUCUGGGCCCAAAGGCAUCACUUUAUGUGAGGGGAAGGCAGAAAGAAUUUUAAAGGUUUUUUUGUCCACUAAUUAAUUGCUUUCUUUUCCCUUUUCAUAUGCUCUUUUGGAAAAAUAAAUAUUAAAAAUUCUGCUGCUGCCUUUAGUGCUGAAGAACUGCCUUCCUUUUUUCUUGUUUUCAACUUUAUCAGUGUUAAAUCCAGCAGUCUGUUUUAAAAUGGGCUGAUGGUUUGCUGGGCAGUGGCUUAUGCUGUGCUCAUUUGUUUGUCUCUCCACUGGCCUGGGUCCUUCCUUCUCCACAGUGCACUCCAUUUGCUGCUUAGUCAGGAAUGGGGUGGUGUCUUUCCUGCAGAAUUAUCAUCCAGCUGGGUAGGAAUUUAUUGCAAGACCCUACCAAAACCAUGCACAAGCUGUCAUUUCUUACAUCCUUUUCAAAAGGUGGCAGGAACUUGAGAAGUCACCUUUCCUGCAAUGGUCGUUUUACCAAAUGAAGACAUUACCAGCAAGGAUUUCUCUCUUAUGAAUGUGGAAUCAUGUGUCUUCCACACAUGCAGCUUUGCUCUUCCAUUAAAAAGAAAUGGGACUUCAAGAGCAAAAACAUGGGAGAAAAUCGGGAUCAGAGAUGUUACAUUGAACAAGGACUUUGACACUUCAUGCACUACAGAAACUGUUGGUCCCCAAAAACACCACUAGGAAGAGGAGCGGUGUGUUCUUUUGGGGAAUUCUCAGAUUGCAAUUAAGUCUUUGAAGCUGGUACAUGAGAAGAAAGAAGAAGGUGUCAUAGUGGCUUUCAGCUUGUACUGGUGAGAGAGGUCUCUUGAGCUGCCCAAACCUAAAGGACAGUGUUGUAAGUCACAGAAAAUUCCCCUUUAUUUUCCCUUCUGCCAGGUUUCAGAUGACUUAAUCAAAAGUAAUCAUCAUAAAAACAAAGUGAGGCAAGAACAUGUUUUUGACCAAAAAAGUUGCUGUUUCUGUCCUGUAAAUUACAUACACAUUCUGCAUCAGCUCCUCUUGCUUUGGAGGCUGUGGUCCAAAUACCCCUCUCUGCAAGAGCUGGGUGAAACAUUGAGAUUGAAUGAAGUAAUUGGUUUGCAUCUUAUCCUUUCAGAAAUUGAGACAAAAAUUGUUAUGGCUAAUAAUAGCACCUGCUAAUUAAUCUGUAACAAUCCUUUGAUGUGUGUACUAAGACUGUUUGUUAUAGAUUAACCCCUGAGACUUAACCCACUCCAUAAAGCCUCCCAUCACUUGCUAGAACCUGACCUUGUCAACACAUAUUCCUCCAUAUCUCUUUUUUGUAUUUUCAGUGACUUUUCAAGCUCCCAAGUGGUGUCCCCCAUUCCAAAUGUAGCUUCAAAGUCCAUCCUCUCUGUCACUGUGGUCAACAGUUGUCUCAAUCAGCAGCGUGUUUGUUCCCUGAAUGAAAACCAAGCUAAAUAGCAUGUCCCUAGCCUGGAAUUCCUGGAGAAGGAGAGAAGGAAAGCAGCACCAUUGGAUAAUCUGCAUCCUUCACUGGAGAGCUACUGAGUCCAGUUUGGGUCUCCAGUACACAAGGAGUGAGCUCAGGGGAGGCCAUCGAGGUGAUUUGGGCUGGGGCACGGUGCUGCCUGAUGAGGAGAGGCUGGAGGAACAGGGCUUGUUCAGCCAGGAGAAGAGGAGCAGCCUUCCAGUGGCUCUCAGGUCACUGAGGAGAUGGAGCCAGGCUCUUGGCAGAGGUGGGAAGAUGAGAACCAAUUGAGCUGGACUAGAAGCUCCAAAUCAAUGAAAACUCACUAAAAAUACUCUGAAGAAUGUGCCAUGGAAAUUGUCUUUUUUAGUAGGGGAGGUGGAUAGUUGCUGGAGAAGGAGCUAUAAGCUCACACCCCACACCCUCUGGCACCACUUCCCUGUGGGGAAGGACAGAGGGGAGGCAAUUUCACUCUCAUGGAAAGUUUUGAAGAUGUGAUGUAAUUCAUGCAGACACUGAAAGUCAUGCAUGCAUAGGCAAGACUGGCCUAACUAGUGCUUAGCAAGGAGUCCUUAAAAACAACUGAGGUAGUAAAACGGUGUUUAUAGAUAAAGCAGAGCCAUAAAAUUACCUGAGAAAACCCCUGUCUCCACUCAGGAAACAUGGAAAGCGGGUCAGCAUGCUUUGGUUUUGUGUAGACUAAGGUCCACUGUCCAAAGUGUGACACCUGAAUGUGCAGGAAACAGCUGAGUAGAUAAAGGCAGGUGUAAGGAAAGGAUACUCAGAGGUCACCAAUAAAGAGAAGCACAUACAUUGUACUGAAGUUGUUCCAACUCUGCUGUGUGUUCUGGAGUAAAAACACCAAGGUUUUUAGAUUCAGAACUCAAGUUACUUCUAUACUUCAGUAUUCUGUUCUUCAUUUUGGCCCAGAAAUGUAUGGGUUGUUUUUUCAAAACCAGUGUUCAAAUCUCUUCUGUUACCUGUCCUUGGUUAGGGAUUCUACUGGCCUCAGCCAGUGCUCUGUUACUGAAACUGGAGUUUCUUUCUUUUACUAAAGAAGACAUUUGCAGCUCUGUAGUUCACUGUAAUUUUUCAAUCAUAAAACUCUUCUUACACACAGUAAUCUCGCAGUUGUUUUUUUUUUCCUGUUCUGCUGUGACAGGCAUGGAUUGCAGGAGCAGAAGUACCAAACACUGUUCUAUACCUUUUCCAGAUCCACAUGCCAGCUUUUCCUUGUGCUCCACACAGGGACAUCUUCAGUGUAGUGAAAUGAUGUCCAGGAGUGCAGGACACAGCCUAGCUUGUGACAGCACAUGCAGGACAUCAGGGUUUAGGCCCAGUCAACUGUUAAUUGCUAUUUUGCUCUUUUUUUGCUGUAGUUUUGUCUUUGCUGCUGCAGCUGUGGCUGAGGAUCUCAGGGGUGAGUCAGGAGGUGUCAGCAAUUGCUUCUGCCUGAGCCAACGUGCAGCCAGGCACAACAAAGUCUGGCUAUUGACUGCCCUUGGUCCUCCCUCACUUCCUCAUCCCUGGGAGUUUUGGAGAGGUGACUGAUGAGGGAAUUCUGUUCUUUCUGCAUGUCUGAGUUUGGCCUAACUGACAGCGAGUAGACAGGAAGGGAUGGGUUUACUGGCACGUCUCUGCAAAUUUAGCACUCCUUAACUUUCGUUUUCGCCCUGAUGGUCAAGCUGGGAAAUUUUGCACCCUGCCCUGCCAUCAUUUGACAUUCAAUCUUCCACUGGAGAGCAGGACAUGGUAAACAAAACAUUGCUCUUUCCACACUAAACUGCUGCUUUAAACAUCCCUUAAAUCUGCAGAAAAUGAAAAACAGUCCAGACUGGGCUGGGAUCCUACUUUUAUUCAAGUGCCAAGGCCUGGAUCUUUUAUUUUGCUUUUUGUAGAGUUAUUAUCCCCACUUUGUCAGGAACAUUUUGAAAUAAUAAAGAAGCCAAUGAAGAAGGGGCUACAGUUAAUGGUGAAUAUCUUAAAGUCCUUCAAGGAAUAGUCAGCAAUCAGAACACAAACAAACAAAAAAACCAAACCAGAGUUGCCAUUGCAAAGUUUGGACAAAGAUUCAAACCAAACAAAUACUAAACCAGUGUAAAAGCAGAUGACUGACAGUAGUCAAUGAGAGGAGAUAUUUGGGAACAGCAAUAGUUAUUAUUAUUAAUUGUAUCUCUGUCAGAAACCACCAGAUGUGAGGGUAGUUCUAACAAAUCUGAGAUGCUGUGUUUACAGGGGUUGCAGUACUGUAUUUAGUGUGCUGUCACAUCAGCACUGCUGCAAGAGACAGCUCAGACAAUAGUUAGGAAAAGAGAGUUAGAAAGAGUUCACUGACAGCCUGUGAAAUGUUGGGACACUUGAACAUCUCUGGGUUCCAUGAAGUUGGGAAGAUCAGCCCUCCUUGUCAUCAGCUUUGCCUCAGUGUCGUAGUUCUUUGAAGACUCAAAAUGCCCGGAUCUCAGAGGAGCAACCUUACAAGCAGAGCUUGAUUUGUAAAUGUUUUCAGGAAUGUGACUGCUUGAGCUCGUGCAGAAUCUUGCAGAUAGGGUGUAUAUUAUAAUAUCAGACACAGAAUGUGACUCACUUGGAAGGAGAUUGCAGAGAGCUGAUUGUUGAAGCUGCAAACCAUCAGACACUCAGAAGCAAAACAAAAUUUAAGUCAAGAUGACAGCAUUGAAUAGGUCAAAGUCUGCUCUGAAAGGGCACCUCUUUCAUCAAAGUUAAUGCAAGGAAAGCAACCAGUUUUUGCACUCUGAUAUGGCAGAGGAAGAAGUGUCCGUUCAAAUGGGCAGAACUGGUUUUCGGGAGGAAAUAUCUUCCAAGCCCUGUAGAAUAUUUGUAGAAGGAGUGCCCAACAAGCUUGUUUAGGUAAUCUCUGAUCCACCUGAGGAUUGAAUGGUUCUCUGUUGUUUUUACUGUACAGAGGGAGUUUUAUUAUUGAUUUCAAGUGAGUAAAAAAUCAGGUCUCAUUUGAGAAACUGGAGUGAUGAAGCAGUUCGCUAAAUGGCUGUACCUGAGACAGUCCUUUUAACAAGGAUUCCUUCUAUCCUAAGAUGUUUCUCCUCCUCUGGUUAUCCCAAAUCUGAUUUUUCAUAUCCAAUCCCUAUAUGACCUUUCCUAGAUUUCAGCAGUCCCAAACACUGGGAGAUAAGGAGGGUGAAUACUAAAAGCUUAGAACCCACUGAAUUCAAAUAAACUUCUACUAAGAUAUGAUCUUUCUUCCAGUACCAGACACUGAGAUUCCCCAUGUUCUAUAGAAGAAAGAGGUUAAUAAGAAAGGAAAGGAUGAAAAGAGAAUUUUUAAACCCUGUUACAAAGUGGCAAAUGCAAAAAAAAUAAUGUAAAGGCAGAAUUUUCUGGCAUGGCAUUGAGUGGCACAGCUCUCACACAUCGUUUCUGCCUGCUGAUUACAUCUGCCUGAUGACUGGAAUAUUUUAAACAAAGGGAUUCACCUGCUAAUUCUGGUGAGAAGAAAGGCACCACAUUAAAGAAAAAUCCAACUGUGAAAAUUCAUGAGCAGUGGAUGCUAAGCAGCACAGGCUUGAUAAAGCCAAGCAGAUGAAUGCUCAGAAAACUCAGGUCUGUUUAUCAAGAGAUUCAUCUCUGGCAAUCCUGGAUGGGAUGCAUACAGGGGAUCUCAUGCAUGAACACGUGUGCACAGCACUUGCUUUGCCUCUAGAAAUGCUUUACACAAUCAUCUAAUACUCAUUUUCAAAUAGAGAAGCUAGACACAGAGAGAAGAAAACACCUUGCCCAAGCUUGCCCAGUAAAGGAGUGACAGAUGAGAAAAGAACACACAUUUCCUCAUUUCUCUGGCUGCCUUAUGCCUCAUUUCUGUAGAUCUUUGGUCAGCAACUGUAAAUCUUUCCCUAGUUAUCAAUGUAGCUCACAUUAUUCAGCAGAUUUAUUAGUCAUCUUUAAUUUGUAAACAGUUUCCUUAAAAUAGCCGUACAUAAUAUCAGAAACACAUAAGGCAGGUCAAAAUCCUUGUUGGGGCAUUAUCUGGCACCAGGCUCGUGGGCUGCAGGUGCCUGACAGCACUGGGCACUGCUGCCAGCCCUGUCCCGAGGGGGUUCUGCCUUCCAGACUGCAGGGAGAAGCCUGGUUCUGUAAAAGGUACGUGUCCACAUGCUGUCUGAUACUGAAAAUCAGCUCAGCCAUCCCAUCUUCCUCAUCCAGCUGUCCCUCUGGUAUUCCCACAUACACCAUGGGGGGAAUGGUUUGUACUUCGGGAAGCUGCAGUUUCCUUGCAGUAUUCCCAAUACUCUGGAAAAGCACCAAGGGACAAAUCUCACAGGCAGCAACAGGCAGAACAGGGAGCUCUGGAGAGCAAGAAAUUCUACAAAUACUCUAUUGAGAAAGAUCCUUUAAAACUUGAUAAAAAGUAAGGAAGUAUGUGUAGGUGAAACUUAAAAUGCCUGUCCUUAGUUAUAAGCACGUGGUUAAAUGCUUUCCUGGCCUGUACUGUGAAGCUCUACAGCUCUGGAACAUUUCUCCUGAAGAGAGCUGCUCACUCUCUUCCUACAGCCGUGGGUGGUGUACAGGAGGGUGCCUGGAGACUGGCCACGCAGGGAUAAAAGAUGUAAGGAGCCCUUCAGCAUUUAUUUCUUUUAAUCUUAACUCUGUGUGCAAGGCUCCAAACAGUGUUUGGUGUGAUACCCUGGCCUUUCCAGGAGCACCAGCAGGAGUCAAGGCUGCAGCACACCGAGGGAAGGAAGAGGUGCUGACAGCAGCAGGAGCUGCCUCCCUCCUCACACCAGUUGUGUAAUGCUGCUCACACAGCAGCCACACACACUGUUAUCCAAGUGGACAGGACAAGAGUCGGGGGAAUCCCCAGUUGCACUAUCCAUGUCCAGCCUUGCUCAGAGCUAUUUUGCAUACAUGGUCUGCACUAUAAAAUGCUUUUGCCUCCUGGGAGGCAAUGCUUUUGCCUCUCAGGCCUCCUGUCUGAGAGCUGAAAGGCAAGAAGCUCUGAGAGAGAGGAGUCUCUGCUGGCAGGGUUGGGACACCUCCCACAAAAGCAAGGAGCAAAGUGUCAGGCUCGGUCUCCUGCUCUAGUUCCAAGCUGUCCAGCUGCUCUGAAAACUUUGUCCCUCCUUUCUGCUGAUUUAAAGGUUUGUGCACGUAGCUGCUAACACUGACAGUGCUACCCACAGAACCCCACUGGGCAGGACACAAGGCAGCUUCUUGCUCUGAGUGCCAGUCAAGGGAAAUAAGUGUUCCCACAUCACACAAAACAAGGUUUCAGCACAGUGAAGUAAAACCACCAAAAAAACCCAUACAAAAUGCUGUGCCCGUGGCAGUUUGUGUUCAAAUCUCGUGCUGCCAGGAGCCAGUACCCCAGAGAGAAGGAUAUCAACAACAACGUGGAGAAAAAUAGGAAGAUCCAUGGCUCAGAAAAGGAUGGUGCCAAAUUGCACAAACCCAGCAAGAAGCAGAUGGAGAGGCUGCCUAUCAUAGCUUCAGCAAAGCCCAGUGAGGGAGGAGAGGUCUGUUCCCAGCAUCACUGUUUGAUGAAUCUCCCUCCAAAUGAUGUCAAAGUUUCAAACCAAAUAUCAGGAUGCCCAAGACAUGUAAAAGUAAGAAACUUGGAAAAUGGAUCCAGCUUUCUUGACACACUACACCUGACUGCAAAAGAGGUUAUCAAUUGCCAGACCAAAGCCUGCCAAGGGUCACUCAUGACCCCAAAGGGCCUGGUGAGAGGUACCAGAGAUGGGCCAGUUCCACUAGAGGAUCUUCUACCUCAGGCAAUAGACUUCCUCAAGCAAUAUUAUAGUUCAUUUAAGGAGCCAAAAAUGAAAGAACAGCUGGGCCGGCUGGAAGCAGUGACCAAGGAGAUAGAAACAACAGGAACCUACCACCUGACAAAGGAUGAGCUGACCUUUGCUGCCAAGCAGGCCUGGAGGAAUGCACCCAGGUGCAUCGGGAGAAUCCAGUGGUCCAACCUGCAGGUGUUUGAUGCACGGGACUGUAAAACAGCCAAGGAAAUGUUCGAGCAUAUCUGUCAUCAUAUUCAAUAUGCCACAAACAAUGGCAAUAUAAGGUCAGCCAUCACGGUGUUCCCGCCCAGGACGGACGGGCGGCACGAUUUCCGCGUGUGGAACAGCCAGCUGAUCCGCUACGCUGGCUACCCAAUGCCAGAUGGCUCCGUGCUUGGAGACCCUGCCACUGUGGAGUUCACCCAGUUGUGCAUCGAGCUUGGGUGGAAGCCGAAGUAUGGCCGCUUUGAUGUACUUCCACUUGUUCUCCAAGCAAAUGGCCAAGACCCAGAAAUAUUUGAAUUACCUCCAGAAAUUGUCCUCCAAGUGCCAAUGGAGCAUCCAAAGUACGAGUGGUUUAAGGAGCUGGAGCUGAAGUGGUACGCGCUGCCUGCAGUGGCCAGCAUGCUGCUGGAGGCAGGAGGGCUGGAGUUCACCGCGUGCCCCUUCAAUGGCUGGUACAUGGGCACCGAGAUUGGAGUGCGCGACUUCUGUGACGCUCAGCGCUACAACGUCCUGAAGGAGGUAGGGAGGAGAAUGGGACUGGAAACAAACAAACUGUCAUCAUUAUGGAAGGACCGAGCUGUUGUAGAGAUCAAUGUGGCUGUGCUUCACAGCUUCCAGAAACAGAAUGUGACCAUCAUGGAUCACCACUCGGCCUCGGAGUCCUUCCUGAAGUACAUGCAGAGCGAGUACCGCGCGCGGGGCGGCUGCCCGGCAGACUGGGUGUGGAUUGUGCCUCCCAUGUCAGGCAGCAUAACCCCCGUGUUCCACCAAGAGAUGUUGAACUAUGUCCUCACUCCCUUCUAUUACUACCAGGUGGAUGCAUGGAAAACACAUGUGUGGCAUGAUGAGACCCGGAGGCCAAGGAAAAAAGAAAUAAAGUUUAGCGUCUUGGCAAAGGCUGUGCUCUUUGCAUCCUCACUCAUGCGAGGGGCAGUGGCCACCAGGGCCAAGGUCACCGUCAUCUACGCGACAGAGACGGGCAAGUCGGAGACGCUCGCCAACAACCUGUGCAGCCUGUUCAGCUGUGCCUUCAGCACCAAGAUCCUGUGCAUGGAUGAGUACAACAUUUGUGACCUGGAAGAAGAAACACUUCUUUUAGUGGUUACUAGCACUUUUGGAAAUGGAGAUUCUCCAGGUAACGGAAAGGCCUUGAAGGACUCCUUGCUCAGACUGAAACUGUUGAGAAAUAAAAUUAGGUAUGCUGUGUUUGGUCUGGGGUCCAGCAUGUACCCAGAGUUCUGUGCCUUUGCUCAUGCCAUUGACCAAAAACUGGCCCAACUCGGGGCUUCCCAGCUCACUCCAGUGGGUGAAGGGGAUGAACUCAAUGGGCAAGAAGAAGCUUUCCGCAGCUGGGCAGUCAGUGCUUUCCAGGCUGCCUGUGACAUUUUUAACGUCCGUGGGAGACACAGUAUUCAGUUGCCUGAGAUCUACACCUCUGAGGAAAGCUGGGACCCUACCAAUUACAGGCUAGUGCAUGAGUCCCAGCCCAUGGACCUGGCUAAAGCUCUUGCAAACAUUCAUGCCAAGGAUGUAAUUCCCAUGAAGCUGAAAUUCAGGCAGAAUCUUCAAAGUUCAAAGUCCAGUCGUGUCACCAUCCUGGUUAAGCUUCGCUGUGAGACCGAUCAGGAGGUGCGCUACCUUCCCGGGGAGCACAUCGGGAUUUUCCCGGGCAACCAGGCAGAGCUGGUCCGUGGCAUUAUUGCACGAGUCAAGGAUGCCCCUCCAGCUGAUCAGACUGUCAGGCUUGAAACCUGCAUUGAUGGUGGGUAUUGGGCAAGUCACAAAAAGAUUCCAGCCUGCACACUACCCCAGGCUUUGACAUACUUGCUUGAUAUCACUACUCCACCCUCCCAACAAUUGCUAAAAAAACUCUCCCAGCUGGUGAGGGCAGAAGGAGACAAGCAGAGGCUGGAGGUGCUGUGUCAGAGCACAGAAGAAUACAAUAAAUGGAAGUUUUACAACAGCCCAAACAUCCUGGAGGUCCUGGAGGAGUUCCCCUCUGCUGAGGUCUCCACAGCUUUCCUGCUGACUCAGCUGCCACUUCUGAAGCCCAGGUACUAUUCUGUCAGCUCCUCCUGUGACAUGACAGCCAGAGAGAUUCAUCUGACAGUUGCAGUUGUAAACUACAGGACAAGAGAUGGAGAAGGGCCUGUGCACCAUGGAGUGUGCAGCACGUGGCUGAACACGGUCGAGCUCGAUGAAACCGUUCCCUGCUUCAUCCGCAGUGCUAAUGAGUUCCACCUCCCCGAGGAGCCAGGCCAGCCCUGCCUUCUGAUCGGCUCGGGCACCGGGAUUGCUCCCUUCAGGAGCUUCUGGCUGCAGCGCCUCUAUGACCUGGAGCACAGAGGGCUCAGAGGAGGGGACAUGACCUUGCUGUUCGGCUGCCGGCAGCCAGACCUGGAUCACAUCUACAGGGAGGAGACUGAGGAGAUGAAGAGGAGGGGAGUCCUGAGAGAUAUCUACACAGCUUACUCCAGACUGCCUGGCCAAGAGAAAGUCUACGUGCAGGACAUCCUGCGGGGGCAGCUGGAGGCCCGCGUGUGCGAGGUGCUGCUCCAGCAGCGGGGCCACGUGUACGUGUGCGGGGACGUGCGCAUGGCGCGGGACGUGGCGCAGGAGCUGCGGGCGCUGCUGGCCCGGGCGCUGCGCCUCGGCCCGCAGCAGGCCGACGAGUGCUUCCAGCAGCUCAAGAGCCAGAAGCGAUACCAUGAAGAUAUAUUUGGGGCUGUGUUCCCUCAUGAAGUCAAAAGAGCUUUGCAACCCACCAGCUGAAGAACAAAUCCACUUGUGUUUUAGACAAUACUUGCACAUUUGCUGUUAUUUUCAAAAAACAAAGAGUCAAAUCCUCCUUCUUAUCAUGCAUGUGUAUAGGAUUGUAGGAUUUGACUCUUAAACCUCAGCCUUAAUUAAGUAAAAUAUUAAAUUUAACUUUUAUUGCUAUUUAUUCUGACAUUUUAAUACAUUACCUUAAUAGUGCAAAUUAUUUUUUUAAUACCAUCUAUGCUAAUAUAAUCUGGUGGUUUUUAUACACACAAGGAAAAUCUACAGUUUUGUACUAAGUUAAUUAGAGCUGAAAUCUUUUUUUAAAAUGCACUGUUUAUCUUUGUUACCUUAUUUAUAUCAGAUUGGUUUACUUGCAUAUUACCUUCACUUGAAAGCAAGUGAAUGCACGGUUGUGUUGCUGGGAGCUGUCUGGCCACGUGCCUGGAUCUGGAGCAGUGUUUGCAAAUGAAAUGAGAAUGUGCUGGUCCCCAGGUGGCAACUCCUGCUGCCCCCAGCUCAGAGGUGUCUGCUCAGCAGGCAGCAGUGGGGAUUCUGCUUUGUGGGACUCAGGUACACGAGCAUCAGCUGUUGUUGUUACAGAGCCUAUAGCAGGAAGGUUCCAAAAAUUCCAAAGCACUUUGUACAUUUGAAUUCUAUGCUCUGGUUUACUUGAUUUGUUUGUAAUAAAAUCUGUCUUUA